GGAACAUUCACCCUUCCUUCCCCUAAAAGCCACACCCCUCAAAUCAUACACUCCCUCAAGUUCAAAUCUGGUUCCCGACGGGAUGGUAAGAGCUGGUGCUUGAUCUUCUUGGGCGUUAUUUUUCUUCCCUUUCUUUCGACAAAGCAUGAGAGAUGUCAAGGUCCGAAACACCCUCGCUACCUCUUCAUAAUGCCCAGACCGAUUUGAGGCCUCAAUCGACGACACCCGCGGGUGUACGUUCUACUAUCUCCCCCUCAACAUCUACCUCUACGUACUCGCAGCUAAGCCCACAAGAAACAGCAGAGCGAUUGCAGACCUCGCUCAUCCAUGGACUCACUCCGGCGGAGGCGGAGGUUCGCCUCGCACGCGAUGGACCGAACGAACUACCUCAUGAAGACCCGGAGCCUAUCUGGCUUCGGUUUUUGAAGCAAUUUCGUGAGACCCUGAUUCUGCUCCUGCUGGCCUCCGCGGGAGUAUCCUUCGUUAUGGGUAAUUACGAUGAUGCGAUCAGCAUUACCCUCGCCGUCACUAUCGUCGUCAGCGUCGGCUUUGUCCAGGAAUAUCGGUCGGAAAAGUCCCUGGAAGCCCUAAACCGUCUCGUUCCUCAUCAUGCGCACCUGAUUCGCGACAUUCCUUCGAACAGUCCUCCCAUGGCAAAUUCGAGCGCGGCAGCCACUGCGGAGAUUGAACUGCAGGAGCUUCAAAGCAAGAGCCCGUCCAUCUCCAACGCCGUCAAAGCGUCAACCAUUGUUCCAGCAAACGAGUUGGUGCCUGGUGAUUUGGUCCUGUUCACCGUUGGAGACCGCAUCCCAGCCGACAUUAGAAUCACGGCAGCCACAGACUUGGCCAUUGACGAAUCCAAUUUGACUGGCGAAAAUGAGCCAGUGGUCAAAUACUCCGACGCCAUUCGCAGUUCCAAGUCCCUCCCGAUUCAACCACCUCGGUCCCCGUUUUAUGAUGCACCUGCCAGCGGCGCGGUUGGCGCAGAUAUUCGUUUGAAUGAACAGCACAACAUCGCUUUCAUGGGAACUUUGGUACGCUCAGGAUAUGGACAGGGGGUUGUCAUCGGAACUGGUGCGCAGACCGAGUUUGGUAGCAUUUCCAUGUCGCUACAGGAAAUUGAAAGCCCACGGACUCCGCUACAGCUAUCAAUGGAUCGGCUCGGCCAAGAGCUGAGCUACAUCUCCUUUGGGGUCAUCGCACUGAUCGUUGUGAUCGGCUUGAUCCAGGGUCGGAAGCUUCUCGAGAUGUUCACUAUUGGUGUGUCGCUCGCAGUUGCUGCGAUUCCAGAAGGGCUUCCAAUUAUUGUAACGGUAACUUUGGCUCUGGGGGUUUUGCGCAUGGCCAAGAGAGGAGCUAUCAUGCGAAGGCUACCCAGUGUCGAGACCUUGGGAUCGGUCAAUGUUGUGUGCAGCGAUAAGACCGGCACGCUGACUCUCAACCACAUGACUGUAACUAAAAUGUGGCACUUCGAUUGCUCCGAGCCAUUUGAGGUUCACAGCGACAUCACGUCGCUGACUCCAGGGCCCGCAGCUCGGACCGUGCUUCGUAUUGGGAACAUCGCCAAUAAUGCCAGAUUGUCUCGUGUACAUGCGAAUUCUCCGGCCAGCGCAUCCUCCGCUGCCGUGCUGUCCUCAACUGAUGAUAGGGCUUCGGGGAGCGUUCGGAGCAGAUGGGUUGGGCAGCCGACAGAUGUUGCGAUCCUCGAUCUACUGGAUAUCUUUGGCGAGGACGAUGUACGCGAUCGAAUUAGCGCUCGUGUUGCAGAGACUCCGUUCAGUUCCGAGCGCAAAUGGAUGGGUGUCAUUAUCGGUAGCGGCACACCUAGCGAAUCAUCUUCACUAGCCGCUCCAGGAGGCACUAACAUGGCCUACAUCAAGGGCGCACUUGAGCAGGUCUUGGCGCGUUGUGAUACCUACCUGACCAAGGACGGGCGGGAGGUGAUCCUGGAUGAACCUCGACGACAAACCGUGCGACAGGCGGCUGAACAGAUGGCAUCAGAAGGGUUGAGAGUCCUUGGUUUUGCUAGUGGUGUAUCGAGAGACGGUAAAGGGAGAACCCUUGGCAGCCGAUCGGGUACGCCUGCAUCACGCACCAGUCAAAGCGAUGAUGAUGAGCGAUAUACCGGGCUUGUUUUUGCUGGGCUGGUGGGAAUGAAUGAUCCCCCCCGCAAGGAUGUGCACAAGUCUAUCCGGCGAUUGAUGGCCGGGGGCGUGCGGAUCAUCAUGAUCACUGGAGAUGCCGAGACUACUGCAGUUGCUAUCGCUAAGAAACUAGGAAUGCCCGUUAAUGAUACCCCUGGGUCCCGGCCCGUCAUCAGCGGUGAGGAAAUCGAGCGGAUGAGCACUACCGAACUCUCCCAGGCAAUUGCUUCGACUUCGAUCUUCGCCCGUACGAGUCCAGACCACAAGAUGAAACUGGUUCGCGCCUUGCAGGCUCGCGGGGAUGUGGUAGCCAUGACUGGGGACGGUGUCAAUGAUGCACCAGCCCUGAAAAAGGCGGACAUUGGGAUUUCUAUGGGCAAGUUAGGUACCGACGUCGCCAAGGAGGCGGCGGAUAUGAUCUUGACAGACGACGACUUCUCGACCAUUCUGCGGGCCAUCGAGCAAGGCAAAGGCAUUUUCUACAAUAUCCAGAAUUUUAUCACCUUCCAGCUCAGCACCAGCGUGGCUGCCCUCAGUCUUGUUCUGCUGAGCACCACUCUGGGCUUCAAGAAUCCAUUGAACGCGAUGCAGAUCCUCUGGAUUAACAUUCUUAUGGACGGUCCCCCAGCACAAUCUCUGGGCGUAGAGCCGGUUGAUCCCUCCAUCAUGAACCGCCCUCCGCGCCCGAGGUCAGCUAGGGUCUUGACGAGGCCACUCAUUCAGAGGGUUCUGACCUCGGCCAUGGUGAUUAUGCUCGGCACCUUAGCCAUCUACGUGUACGAGAUGGGCGAUGUAGAUGAUGUCGGUCAUCCCGGCAAGCGCGCGCGCGUGGUCACGGCUCACGAUACGACGAUGACGUUCACCUGCUUUGUGCUGUUUGAUAUGUUUAACGCCCUGACCUGUCGCAGCGAGGGCAAGUCGGUCCUGCGGGGCGAGAUCUCGCUAUUCAGCAACAAGAUGUUCAAUUACGCCGUGCUGGGCUCCUUGGCUGGGCAGGCGUGUGUCAUCUACCUGCCAUUCUUGCAGCGGGUGUUCCAGACAGAGGCGCUGAACCUGGCACACCUUUUCAAGCUGGUGUGCAUCUCCAGCAGUGUAUUCUGGGUAGACGAGGCGCGGAACAAAGACACCGAAGAACACACACAUCUAGCCCGCUAA